GGCGAGGCCGCAGUGGCCGCAGCUCUUGUCAGCUACUGAUUGCACUGGCCGGCAUCCUCCUUAUCCUCUUCCCCGUGGUGGCGGUCAGCAAGGCGGCCAAGCCUCGGGCGCCGGGACACCCGCACCUCAACUCUAUCCGAAUUGACGGCGACAUCUCCCUGGGUGGCCUGUUCCCCGUACACGCCCGCGGCCACGACGGCAAGGCCUGCGGUGAGCUGAAGAAGGAGAAAGGCAUCCACCGGCUGGAGGCCAUGCUCUUCGCGCUAGACCGCAUCAACAACGACAAUGAGCUGCUGCCCAACAUCACGCUGGGCGCGCGCAUCCUGGACACGUGCUCGCGCGACACCCACGCACUGGAGCAGUCGCUCACCUUCGUGCAGGCGCUCAUCGAGAAGGACGGCACCGACGUCAAGUGCCUGAGUGGCGGCCCGCCAAUCAUCACCAAGCCCGAGCGCGUGGUGGGCGUCAUCGGGGCCUCGUCCAGCUCUGUGUCCAUCAUGGUGGCCAACAUUCUGCGUCUCUUCAAGAUUCCCCAAGUGAGCUAUGCCUCCACAGCUCCGGAGCUGAGCGACAACACUCGCUACGACUACUUCUCGCGCGUGGUGCCCCCGGACACCUAUCAGGCACAGGCCAUGGUGGACAUCGUCAAGUUCAUGCGCUGGAACUAUGUGUCCACCGUGGCCUCGGAGGGCAGCUAUGGUGAAAGCGGGGUGGACGCCUUCAUACAGAAGUCAAGAGAGGACGGAGGAGUGUGCAUCGCCCAGUCUGUGAAGAUUCCUCGGGAGCCCAAACCGGGAGAGUUCGAUAAAAUCAUAAACAGACUCAGGGACAACCCAAAUGCUCGGGUGGUCGUUUUAUUUGCAAGUGAGGAUGAUAUAAGACGACUCCUGCAAGCGGCCAAGAAUGCUAGUGGACCCGGUCACUUUAUUUGGAUAGGGUCUGACAGCUGGGGGUCAAAGAUAUCCCCGGUGUUACAUCAGGAAGAGAUGGCGGAGGGAGCCAUCACCAUUCUGCCCAAGCGUCAGCCCAUCAAAGGAUUUGAUCGCUACUUUAUCAGCCGGACGCUGGACAACAACAGAAGAAAUAUCUGGUUCGCCGAGUUCUGGGAGGAUAAUUUCCAGUGCAAACUCAGCCGGCAUGCCCUGAAGAAAGGAUCAGGCAUCAAGAAAUGCACAAAUCAUGAACGGAUUGGGAAAGACUCUAAUUACGAACAAGAGGGCAAAGUGCAGUUUGUUAUAGACGCUGUCUAUGCUAUGGCCCACGCCUUGCACAACAUGCACAAGGAUCUUUGCCCAGGGAGGGUUGGCCUCUGCCCAGCGAUGGAAUCCAUUAACGGCUCCAUGCUUCUUAAAUACAUCCGCAAAGUCAACUUCACAGGUAUUGCUGGCAUUCCUGUUGUCUUCAAUGUGAAUGGAGAUGCCCCUGGACGUUAUGAGAUCUUCCAGUAUCAGAUAAGGAAUCACACUAAAGAAUACAAAGUCAUCGGGCAUUGGAUAGACCAGCUUCAUUUAAAUGUCACAGACAUCCGAUGGCCUGGAGGUUCCCGUGAGGUCCCCACCUCUAUCUGCAGCCAGCCGUGCCGCCCGGGGGAGCGCAAGAAGUCGGUGAAGGGCAUGCCGUGCUGCUGGCACUGCGAGCGCUGCGAUGGCUAUCAGUACCUGGCCGACACACACACCUGCAAGAUGUGCCGCUUCGACCUGCGGCCCAAUGAGAACCACACGGCGUGCCAGCCCAUCCCCAUCAUCAAGCUGGAGUGGAGCUCGCCGUGGGCACUCAUCCCAGUCUUCAUCGCCAUCCUGGGCAUCUCGGCCACUUUCUUCGUGGUGGUCACCUUUGUGCGCUACAACGACACGCCCAUUGUCAAGGCGUCAGGUCGCGAGCUCAGCUACGUGCUGCUGACGGGCAUCUUCAUGUGCUACGCCACGACCUUCCUGAUGAUCUCCACGCCGGAUGUGGGCGUCUGCUCGCUCCGACGCAUCUUCCUCGGGCUGGGCAUGAGUAUCAGCUACUCGGCGCUGCUGACCAAGACCAACCGCAUCUACCGCAUCUUCGAGCAGGGCAAGAAGUCGGUGAGCGCGCCGCGCUUCAUCAGCCCGGCGUCGCAGCUCGUCAUCGCCUUCAGCCUGAUCGCCGUGCAGCUGCUGGGCGUGUGCAUCUGGUUCGGAAUGGACCCGUCGCCACUGGCCAUCAUCGACUACGAGGACCAGCGCACGGCCAACCCAGAGCUGGCGCGGGGUGUGCUCAAGUGCGACAUCUCGGACCUCUCGCUCAUCUGCCUGCUCGGCUACAGCAUGCUGCUCAUGGUCACGUGCACGGUGUACGCCAUCAAGACGCGAGGGGUGCCCGAGACUUUCAAUGAGGCCAAGCCCAUUGGCUUCACAAUGUACACCACGUGCAUCAUCUGGCUGGCAUUCAUACCCAUCUUCUUUGGGACCUCACAGUCAGCAGAAAAGCUGUACAUUCAGACGACCACGCUGACCAUCUCGGUGAGCCUCAGCGCCUCCGUGUCCCUGGGGCUGCUCUACAUGCCCAAAGUGUACGUGGUGCUCGUCCACCCGGAGCAGAACGUACCCAAGCGCAAGCGCAGCCUGAAGGCCGUGGUCACCGCCGCCGCCAUGUCCAACAAGUUCACUCCCAAGGGGGGCCUCAGACCCAACGGGGAGGCCAAGUCGGAACUCUGCGAGAGCUUGGAAACACAAGCUUUGUCUUCAAAGCAAACGUACAUCAGCUACAGUAACCAUGGCAUCUAAAAGCGACUAAGCCCCCCGCCACUCCUCCCUGUGGCCCGUUGGUCAGCUGAAGACUGGAAAUGACAACACGAGGCAGCAAAGGGUGAUGGGCAACAGGAAAUAAAAAAUGAUACAAGGAAGAAUCAAAUAAUAUUUUGGGAUCCUUUCUUUUUCCAUUUCAACUCAUACAGGCAGUGUGAGAGGGGGAACCUGCCACAGAAAUGACAGUGAAAUCUCCCCUCCCUCAGCCCAUCCUUCGCGUUUCCAAGGUAACAGUGAAGACAGUGUUUUCCUUCUGGAGUUUGUAUUGUGUCUUCAUGAUGGUUUUGUUCAAGCUUGACUUAUGUGAAGUUAUUUUUUAUAUAAAUAUUUUCAAUGUUCAUGGACUAUUAUUUAAGUUUUUGUGUCUGCAGUGGAGCAUCUCUAUAUUUAGAAUUUUAUUUUAUUUAGUUUAUUUAAAGGAAGUGCUGUCAAAGAUUAAAAGCCUAUUUGACACUCAACAAAUAUGUUUCAUGGCACCACUGCACCCCACACUCAAGAAAAUAUCCAUGAUAUUCAAAAUAUCCAUCCUUUUGAAGUUCACACACUGUAUAGGUGGCUGAUUGUAAAUGGUCCUGUCCAUUAUUUCUGGAGAGCGAAUUUGGUAUCAAUGCUGUAUUAAUAGCUAUUUGACAUCACAAAGGACAAUGAUGCUAACUAUUUGUUGAUUCACAAGCAAACAAAAGGCAAAUAUAAUAUGCAAUGUCCAAACACUCUUUCAUACACUCACACAUAAACACAGAUGCACUCACACACAUAGACACACCCACCCACAUACACACGCACUCACACACAAACAAACACAUAGACACACACCACACACACACACACACCCCCACACACACACACACACACACCUCCACACACACACACACACACACACACUACACUCUCUCUUUCAUCAACACAGGGGUAACAACUGUAGUUCCUUUUUUCAUUUGUGUCCUCCAGCUCCCCAUUAAUCUGUGAUAAUGACAACAGUGCUUGCAAAAUGGGUCCAUUAUUUACACUUGCCGGCGUAUAGGCACGGCUAGCGGUGCCUAUUUCGUCCUGGCUUGUGUUGUUAAAUUGGUUGAAAAUGGAACGUGCGUAUUCACGAGGCGUGAUUAAACCUUUCUGGCGAUUUGGUCAGGACUACUCAUCCCUCUUGUGAUAGAUGAGUAUCGUUUCCACAGUGACCAGAGUAGUGGGGGGACAAGAGGAGUAAUUAUGGGCUGUCGAUAAAAUCCUAAAUCAGAUGUUGAGAUAGAAGUGUGACCAGGUCGAUUUCAGUCAAAUUUCUGUUAAAUUGCUUGGUGUAGAAAACUGACACUGUCUAUUUUCAAAACAUAUGAAAUUUGAUGACAAUGGACAGUAUUGAACAAGGGUUUUAGGCUUGGAAUAAUUUGACGAAACAACCCUAUGAUUUAAUUUAGUUUUUUUUAUUUCAUUCUCAAAUAUGUUUUGACAAUUUGGCAAAACAGACAACCUCUCUCGACAUGACAGUGUUGUCUAAGAUAAGCUGGCAACAGAAAUGCCAUUGUGAAGCACAAUGACACACUGGAUGUUUGAAAGUAAAAAGUACAAAUCUUUUCAAAAAACAUAAACAGACAUAAUGUGUCAGCACAAGCACAGUGGGGAUAAAUCUGUAAACAAAUAUGUUUCAUGGCGCCACUGCACCCCACACGUAUACAGAACUGCCACUUAGUCCCCCUGGGGUGCAGAGUCUGUCUCAGAGGAUAAGAUCAAAGCCCUUCUUUGUUUUGAAAGUAAAAUAUGCAUGUUUAUGUGAUUAACAUUUUGCUAAAGCCCAUGUGUUCUGUUGUGCGUUCAUUAAUUUUUUAGGCAAAUGUCACAAGAGGUCUGCAGCAAGGCCAAGGCCUGUGUAUGUUGGGCAUACUGCAAAGUGAUUUCAUCUCCAUCUCAACCCCCUUUCCCAUCCUCAAAAUACACUCAGGCCUCUCACAGUUUGGCCCGUUGAAUUAUGCAUGUCAUAUAACCAUAAAGACACAUCUCUGCCACAUACCGAGGAUGCUGCCUCUGCUCGCGUUGGUAUGGGAGCUCCAUUCUCCUGAGCUCUCCAUACCUUCCUGAGUUUAGUAUGUAAUAUGAAAAAUGCAACACCUACUGUACUUCAUAGUCCUUGGAUGCAGCGGAGCCAAAAUUAGUUGUACAUCUGAGGUGGGCUAUUUCAAGGUUAUUUUAUCCAGUUAGUCAUUCAUAGUUAUAUUCCUAAAAGUGCUGUUAUUCCUGGGGAAAUCCCAAGGUUAAUAGUGUACAUAAUAAUACUAUGUUAUUAUGUGGCACAUUUUAUUUGGCACCUUGACAGUAUUUAAGUUAUUAACAUGAAUUUGUUGUUUACUAAUAAGGUAAAAAGCCACAAAAUGUUAUUUGUUCAUGGGUGAUUUAAGCCAUAUUAGGUGUCACAUAUGCAAGAUGAUUGGUGGACUGCUUGGUGAAAUAAAUACUCUGGGCUGUCUGGCUGACCACAGUCGACUGUUGCCCAAGUCAGAAGCUCAAAUGGAUGAAAACAGCAUCACAUUUAACAUCCUAUCCUAAACCUGGAGUGUAAGCUUCCCAUAAAUAGUGUUGAGAAAGUCAGUGAUCACCAAAAUAUCAUGUUUAUGGUUAAUUUAGCAACAGUUAAAAACAGUUAAAACUUGGUUAUUUUUGCAGCCAUUACCAAAGAAAUACUUUCAAAACACAUUCAUAAUUAAUUAUUAAUUAAUUAAAUUAAACUGGAGUGAUGAUUUGUUAAGGUCAAGAAAAUCUUCAUCUUCAAGAUACAUUCCAGGAGUGCUGACUUUCACUAACAGCACUGUGAUAUUUAUAAAUACUUGCGUCACUCUGAAAUCAAACGCUGUGUGACAACAUUAUAUAGUAACCAUUUGUUAUUUAAGCAUUAUCAUAGUAAAUGUUUUGUCAUAGUGGCUGUUGGCAUGACUGAGGAUCUUUCUUUGUCUGUUUGUGUGGUUGUCUCUGAUUGAGUGUCAUAUAGCAAAGCUCAUAUUUACUGUAACCACACUUUAUCUUGUGGGAUAGUGCUCAAAUAAUAACUGGUGAACACAUACAGUAGUAACAGUAAGUAAAACCAUUGACUGGCAUCUACCAACAACUGCCUUUAAACCCCAUAGCUUUACAAUUUAUCCACCAGUCAUACAAUUGCAACAUACAAUGAAAUAUAUGCAUCAGCUCUCCUCAUUGUUGUUUUCGAAGAAUUGACAUUAUGAGAAACAGUGCUCCAAACUAUAUACAACAACCCGUCUUGAUGCUUGAAGGCCAUUGUAGGACCCCAUCAAACUCUAGUCAGUUAUGUAGUUGUGCAUUUUUCCUUGAUGCCCAACCCCUCGUGGCCUCUUACCAAAAAGGACACGUCAUUUCAACCAAAAUAGUUGUCAUUUCAACCAAAACAGUUGUCAUUUCAGUCAAAUAGUUAUCUCUAUGACAAGCACAUGUAGAAAUUAUUUUUUGUUGUUCAAGGGCCAUGGCAUUAAUAUGCUCUUGAUAGUAUCUAAGGCACAACUCACUUGGAGAUGUUUAAGUCGGUAUGAUGUCACUGCACAAUACACUACAUUUAAAGGCAUUCAGUAUGUUAUACUGGACUUCGGACCAAUGCUUGUCUGCUUGUAUGAUCUCCAGAAGGAAAACCGAUAAAUAAAUCUCUAAAGAUGGUAUGUUUCAUUUUCCUUCAAUCCGUGGUUGUCAGUUCUUUGCUUCGAUAAAAAUAAAAUUAAAAAAAGGACAAGAUUAAAUAUUUUUGAAAUCUUCAGAUGAAGUAUUGUGGGAUUGUUUGUAACUGUGUAAAAUGAUUUGCUUCCUUUUUUGCUUCCCUGUCUCCUUGAUUUGGUUACCAAUGCUCCAACUGUAUGUGUUGUUAUUCAGAGUAGAGUAUGUGCUGACCCAACUAAAUGGUGAGGUAAUUUAAAAUAAGAAAAAUAAAUUGACCAUGUUUGCUAUGUGUAUUGACAAAUUUAAAACAAAAUGAAAAGUACAUAUAUAUAUAUAUAAGUAUAUAAUUGCAGUGCCUGGAUAUUUAUUAAUUAUGUAUAGAAACUUAUGAAAAUGUGUAGAGCAUGUUAAUUUUUUUUACAACAUAUUUCUAAUAAAAUGUUUUCCAGUUAAAA